AUGUUGACUUUCCCAGGUAUUCACGAGAAUGCUUCAACAUGGCUCAUCAACAAACGUAAAAUUAAAGCUGUUGGUAUUGACACUCCGUCUUUAGAUUAUGGAAAAUCCAAGACAUAUCCAACCCAUCAGAUUCUGUUUGCAAAAAAUAUCUAUGCUCUUGAAAAUGUCGCUAACUUAGACCAACUGCCAGCAACUGGAUACAUUGUUUAUGCUUUGCCAAUGAAGAUUGAACGUGGUAGUGGUGCACCUGUUAGGAUCGUGGCUACAAUGAAGCAGAUGACAAAUGGAGUAGGAAUACAUUGUGCAACUGGAUCUGGUAUAUUCGCUAUCGUGCUUGUUGCUAUGGCAAUGGUACAUGUUAUCUAG